AGGCCCGCCUCGGCCUCCCAAAGUGCUAGGAUUACAGGCGUGAGCCACCGCGCCGGGCGGAGAUACUUAACCUUACUUAACUUUCUUUCUGUAGUUCUCCGCUUAGGAACAAAAGGAAAGGCAGCUUCAUGGAUGAAUGGGCUUUCAGCUUAAUAUUUUUCUUUUGGCAGAGUGGUUUGGGUUCCGACGUUUUUAUUUUCCUUUCACUGCUUUCAGGGAGCAAAAGAGAAAAACCUACAUGACUAUCUUAAUGCAGAAAAAUACUUGAUAACAUUUCACACCUAUUCAGGGUAAACAUUCUCAGCAAAUGAGGAAUAGAAAGAAUUUCCCUUAAUGAAACAAAGGUGAUGUGUGACAGCCUGGCUGUCAGUGUGUUCACACUAAGAUCAGGAACAAGCAUUAAUGUUGAUUCUUAUCACUCUUAAUUUAGCAUUACCCUAGAAUAUCUAGCUAACCUAUUAAGGUAUUAAAAAGGAAUAAAAGGCAUAAACGUUGAAACAGAAAAAAUUUUUAUUCACAGAAGAUGUGAGUAUGUACAUGGAAGAAUCUGUAGUUAAACAACUAGAUACUAGUAACACACAGUUUAGGAACUUCAGAAAAUAAGGUCAGUAUUUUUAAAAAGCACUUGUAUUUCUGUAACCUAGCAGCAAACAGUUAAAAAAUGAAAUACAUAUUUAUACUACCAUCAAAAACAAAAUAUUUAAACUUCUAAGAGUAAAUGUAGGGGAAUAUCUGUUUGACUUUGGAAUAGGUAAAGAUAGCACAGAUGGGACGUGAAAGGUGUAAACUAUGUAAGUAUUUAGAAAGAAAUAAAAAUGUUUUAAAUCCCCUUUCAACUGCCCUCAGAAGAAGAAAUUUCACUGUUUUUCUUCUCCAACUACAUGUAAACCAAAAAGUAUCAGAGUCAAGUACCAAUUUAGAUGUUUAUUUUGCCAUAGUUGAGGACAUGCCACAGAGAGAGGUCAGUGGCUUUCCCCAAAGAUGAGUUUGAGAGCUUCAUUGUUUAAAAAGGAAAAGUAGGCUGGAGGGGAAAGGGGAAAGGUGUGGUAAUCCACCUGUGACAAGAGAAAAGGAGCAGGCAGGAGAAUAGUUAUGCAUUCAUCUCACACUCAGUAAAUCAGCACUUUACAUAAGAUAAGGUGUGCAUAGAGUAGCUACUAUGGAGAUAUUUAACGUUUUAUCUGUAGCUAUCUCCUUAGGAACAAAAGGAAAGGCAGCUUCUUGCAUGACUCAGCUUUCAGCUUAAUGUUUUCCUUUUGGCAGAGUGAACUGGGAUCCCUAGUUUUAUUUUCCUUUCAUAACACCAUAGUAUUUGUUCACUUCUGUCUCAAAGUUGCUGGCUAGUGGAUGUAUGUUGUGUUCAUCAUAAUCACCACAUGAUAGCAUCUUUGUUCCUUCACAUUUCCUUCUUUUCACCCCUAUGUCUGUGUUUUUACUUUUACUUUUUUUUUAAUCAAAACAUUCACUUAAAAGUAUAGUGAAUACUCUAAUGAAAUCAUUAUACCCACCACCUUAAUUUACAGUUCUUUUCCUGUAUUUCUACUGGAAUUUUUUUCAAAAAAUUCAGAGAAAAUAACAUAUUGAACCCAGUACACAUUAUUCAGUUCUAAAAAUUAUGAAGUGUGGCCAGUAAUGCUCAAUUGACUUUUGAGGGUGAGAAGGGGUGGUUAAGCACAUCCAGACAUCAUUUUCACUCAUGAAUGUUCCAAAAGUUUGUAUACAAGGAAGGGCUCAUGUUUUUAAAACCCAAAAUUUUUUAUAACAACAAAAUUAAUGUUUGAUAAUCUAAUAUCCAAUUAGUGUUCGGAUUUCACUAGCUGUUAAAACUCCUCACAUAUUCUUUGUUGCAAUCAGAUCCAAAUUGCAUUGGAUCACUCAUUGCCUUAGAUUGACCAUGUGUCUGAGGACUUUUAUUCCUGACAGCUCACACUCCCCAUGCUAUUAAUUUGUUAAAGGCUUUGGUGUUGUACAGUACUGAAUAACUGCCAAUGCCAUCUGCCUGUGGCCUUCUCAAGUUUGUCUGCCCCUGUGGUUAUCCUGACUUCAAACCCGGGGAGACAGAGGCUAGAAGAGGCAGACAGCUUUUGUGUGUUCUCCUGUCCAGUGCAAAGAACACCUGGAACUCUGAGCCCUAAUCUUAAACGCAGGACCUCAUCUGCAGGUGUUCCUCAUCCUUUUAGCCCCUCAGUGAUAUAAGCAACAAACCUCACCCAGCUCCUGGGGCUCAGGGUCUUCACUCCCCGAUGAGCUUGUCCUGGAUUUGCAGGGAGCCUGGCUCCCUAGACCUUUUGGCCAGACCCCCACAGGGGAAUUGUGCAGAUCGGCCAUCUGCAAGCUUCCCUUCUCCAUGGAGAGCAGGAAGACAGUCAUGGGACCCCAGGGAGCCAGGAGACAGGCUUUCUUGGCAUUUGGGGAUGUCACUGUGGAUUUCACCCAGAAGGAAUGGAGGCUACUGAGCCCUGCUCAGAGGGCCCUGUACAGGGAGGUGACACUGGAGAACUACAGCCACCUGGUCUCACUAGGAAUUCUCCAUUCUAAACCAGAACUCAUCAGGCGGCUAGAGCAAGGGGAAGCGCCCUGGGGAGAAGAGAGAAGACGCCGGCCGGGCCCCUGUGCAGGAAUAUAUGCAGAACAUGUCCUGUGGCCCAAGAAUCUUGGACUUGCACAUCAGAGGCAACAGCAACUACAAUUUUCUGAUCAAAGCUUCCAGAGUGACACAGCUGAAGGUCAAGAGAAAGAAAAAAGCACUAAGCCCAUGGCAUUUUCCAGCCCACCCCUAAGACAUACAGUAAGCUCAAGGAGGAGGAACAGUGUAGUGGAAAUAGAGUCUAGUCAAGGCCAGAGGGAAAAUCCUACAGAAAUAGACAAAGUAUUGAAAGGAAUGGAAAAUUCAAGAUGGGGAGCAUUCAAGUGUGCAGAGCGUGGGCAAGACUUCAGCCGGAAGACUAUAGUAAUCAUACACAAAAAAGCACAUUCCAGGCAGAAACUUUUUACAUGCAGGGAGUGUCACCAGGGCUUUAGAGAUGAGUCAGCAUUGCUCUUGCACCAGAACACACACACAGGCGAGAAGUCCUAUGUGUGCAGUGAGUGUGGGCGAGGCUUCAGCCUCAAGGCAAAUCUCCUCAGACACCAGAGGACACACUCAGGAGAGAAGCCUUUUCUGUGCAAGGUGUGUGGACGAGGCUAUACCAGUAAGUCAUACCUCACUGUGCAUGAGAGAACACACACAGGAGAGAAGCCUUAUGAAUGCCAGGAGUGUGGGCGAAGGUUUAACGAUAAGUCCUCAUACAACAAGCACUUGAAGGCGCAUUCAGGGGAGAAGCCUUUUGUGUGCAAGGAGUGUGGGCGAGGCUAUACUAAUAAGUCAUACUUCGUUGUGCACAAGAGAAUACACUCAGGAGAGAAGCCUUACAGAUGCCAGGAGUGUGGCCGAGGCUUUAGCAAUAAGUCACACCUUAUCACACACCAGAGGACACACUCAGGGGAGAAGCCCUUUGCGUGCAGGCAGUGUGAGCAAAGUUUUAGCGUGAAAGGAAGUCUCCUCAGACACCAGAGAACACACUCAGGGGAGAAGCCUUUUGUGUGCAAGGAUUGUGAGCGAAGCUUUAGCCAAAAGUCAACUCUCGUCUACCACCAGAGAACACACUCAGGGGAGAAACCUUUUGUUUGUAGAGAAUGUGGGCAAGGAUUUAUUCAGAAGUCAACCCUUGUGAAACAUCAGAUCACACACUCAGAGGAGAAGCCUUUUGUGUGCAAGGACUGUGGACGAGGCUUUAUCCAAAAAUCAACCUUCACUUUACACCAGAGGACACACUCAGAGGAGAAGCCUUAUGGAUGUCGGGAGUGUGGGCGAAGGUUUCGGGAUAAGUCCUCCUAUAACAAGCACCUGAGGGCACACUUGGGUGAGAAACGUUUUUUCUGCAGGGAUUGUGGGCGAGGCUUUACCCUGAAGCCAAAUCUCACCAUACAUCAGAGGACACACUCAGGAGAGAAGCCCUUCAUGUGCAAGCAGUGUGAGAAAAGUUUUAGUUUGAAGGCAAAUCUUCUUAGACAUCAGUGGACACACUCAGGGGAAAGGCCAUUUAAUUGCAAGGAUUGCGGGCGAGGCUUCAUCCUAAAGUCAACUCUCCUCUUCCACCAGAAGACACACUCGGGGGAGAAGCCUUUCAUCUGUAGUGAAUGUGGGCAAGGAUUUAUCUGGAAGUCAAACCUUGUGAAACACCAGCUUGCACAUUCUGGCAAGCAGCCUUUUGUAUGCAAGGAGUGUGGGCGAGGCUUCAACUGGAAGGGAAAUCUCCUCACACACCAGAGGACACACUCAGGGGAGAAGCCCUUCGUGUGUAAUGUGUGUGGGCAAGGCUUCAGCUGGAAGAGAAGUCUCACCAGACACCACUGGCGGAUACACUCAAAGGAGAAGCCUUUUGUGUGCCAGGAGUGUAAGCGAGGCUAUACCAGUAAGUCAGACCUCACUGUGCAUGAAAGAAUACACACAGGAGAGAGGCCUUAUGAAUGCCAAGAGUGUGGACGAAAGUUUAGCAAUAAGUCAUACUACAGUAAGCACUUAAAGAGACACUUACGUGAGAAGCGUUUUUGUACAGGGAGUGUGGGUGAGGCUUCAUCUUGAAGUCAUAUCUCACCAGCCAUCAGAGGACACAGGAGAGUAACUUUGCUUUGUUACAAGCUUUAGUUGAGGCUAUAUAACUUGUUCGUGAAGAUAUAACAAAGGCAGACAGAAUCCAGAGGGCUACAGAGAACCUGAAUUCAACCCAUGUGUCCCCAAGAGAUUCAGAGAAAAGAGGUCAAUGUUUAGGGAACAGAGAUGCCAGCUGAGGGGAGGGCAUUACCUGGGCUAUUGGGGAAAUGUGGUCUCUUUCCUACUGAGCACAUAUUCUUGUUGUAUUUGUGUGCCAGGCUGUGCUUUCUAAGGACUGCUCUUAGCCAGUGACUGCAGAGCAGGGAUAGCAAGGCAGGCCUGUUACUGACACUCUCCCCAACCUCCUUGGACUGCAGGCAAUCUAGGACACCUCCACCAAACCUCCUCUUGCACUUUCCUUCCCUCUGGCUGCCUUCCCAGCCUUCCUUGGUUUGGAUGUUUUGUCCCCUCCUUAAUUUAUGUUGAAACUCUACAUAAACUGUUUACUGUUGAAACAGUGUAACAGUAUUAGGAGGUGGGACCUUUGGGAAGUGAUUAAGUCAAGUCACGAAGAUAGAGCUUUGUGAAUGGGAUCAGGUGCCCUUAUGAAGAGGCUUGAUAGAGGGAGUUUGUCCUGUGGCCCUUCUAUUUUCUGCUCUGUGAGGACACAAUGCUCCUCGCUUCCAAAAGAUGCAGCAUGAAGGCAUCAUCUUGGAAACAGACAUGAGCCCUCAACAGACAACUGAACCUACCGAUGUUUUGAUGUUGAACUUCCCAGCUUCCAGAACUCUGGGAAAAUAAAGUCCUCUUUAUACACUUCCUAGUCAGUGGUAUUUUGUUAUAACAGCUCAAAUAGACUAAGUAACUGCUCCCCUCAUCAUUCUCUCACAAUCAUAUCUUGAAAUAAAAUCUCUGUAUAUGCA